AUGGACGCGAACCAAGGAGGCUCCGGGGCUAGCUCCAGCGACUUUGUUCGCAAGCUUUACAAAAUGUUGGAGGCCCCCGCAGAUGAUACCGUAGUACGAUGGGGAAAUGAAGGGGAUAGCUUUGUCGUUCUGGAGAACGAGAAGUUUACGAAACACAUUUUACCAAAACAUUUCAAACACAGUAAUUUCGCCAGCUUCGUAAGACAGUUGAACAAAUACGACUUCCACAAGGUUCGACACAACAACGAGGAAAACGGGACGUCGCCGUAUGGCACCGGGGCUUGGGAAUUCAAACAUCCAGAUUUCAAGGCAAACAACAAGGACGCGAUUGAUAACAUUCGAAGAAAAGCUCCCGCUCCACGGAAAAUAAACCAGACUAAUGAAGACGUUAUGAUUCCUACAGCGCAAAUGGACCUGGUCAACACCCAAUUAGUAGCCACCCAACAACAGCUUCAGUCAAUUACGGAACGCUACAACGAGUUGAGCAUACACCAUUCGAUGCUUCUGCAAGAAGUCAUCGGCCUCCAGAAGACUCUCGUAAACCACGAGCAUGUGUUGUCGAACGUAAUGAACUUUUUGCACACAGUAGACGCGCAAAGAAGGCGAGACAGCAGAGCGGCCCCAUUCCCCCCGCCGACACAAAACGGGAAUACCGUCGACACCCAAAAUCCACAAGUCACUCCUCUCGAGGAUGAUGUGCCGGCAUCGCCCUUGCAAAAUGCAUCGAAACUCCUCAGCGAGACCAAUGCUGACGCCAUGCUCAACCCGCGAAACCUGGAACACAUGAACGAGAUCACAAUGCGGAUGAAUGGGACUCUGACGACGCCUCCACCAGAGUUAAUGCGUAGACCAGUCAGCCGUGGCAAUGCUCCCGGUUCCGCUUCUUCCUCAAACACGAUGCGUAUAAGCGACCUCGACAAUAUCGUCUACCCUGUUGGCCAGACGCACGGCAUCGACCCAAUGUACAGCGAACACAUUCAUAACAUUCCAUAUCCCAUGCCAUCCAAACCUGUUGAGGCGGUAGACGCGAAGCUUCAGCCAACCGAAGGGGGAAGGAAAAAGAGCACGCAGGUGGAUCCAGGAUGGAUCCGGCAGCCCCAGAUUCUGUUAGUCGAAGAUGAUCCAACCUGUCGGCGUAUCGGCGGAAAGUUCUUAUACGCGUUCAACUGUGCUAUUGACAAUGCUCUUGAUGGAUUGGAAGCAGUAAAUAAAAUGAACGCAGGCGCAAAGUAUGACUUGGUUUUGAUGGAUAUCAUCAUGCCUAAUCUGGAUGGCGUGUCCGCCUGCCACCUCAUUCGGCAAUUUGAUAGCACUCCGAUUAUUGCCAUGACCUCCAACAUUCGAAGCGACGACAUAUCCAUGUAUUUCCAGCAUGGCAUGAACGAUGUUCUACCUAAGCCUUUCACAAAGGAAGGUCUUCUCCACAUGCUCGAGAAACACUUGGCACAUCUCAAGAAACCUCUUCACCAGAUGGAUGGAAUGGUUCCGCCUCAACUUUUGGCUUCCACAAGGCAGUCAUUAAAAGACGACGAAUCACCUGCAAAAUCGCCUGCUACGACUAGUAACUGGAAUUCUCCCAAUCAGAUCCCCGGCGUGUCUCCCGUUGGUAGCAAUGUUACCGACGAAUACAUGAACGCAGUACAAGGCCACCCUGCCACCUACGGCGUUAAUCCCAUGGUUAGCAACAUUGGGUACAACACAUCACCUCAGAUGCCCAUGGCUCAAAGACAAGGCCCUCACAGAAGACAGAUUUCGGACAUAGCAGGGGGUGAAGAUAUGAACAACCCCGCCAAGCGCCAGCAGAUGUAUGCUCCGCCACUACAACCACAGCCAAUGAAUCCGAUGCAGCGGCCGCGGUAACGGGAGCUAUCUUGAGGACCCAGUUUGAAUCUUCUUCAUUAUUCGAGCACUGGUGUUCUGGAGUGGCUCAUUCGCCGGUCGGCAAUGCGUGGUUAUCCCGUCGCUCACACUGCAAUAUUAGUCCUUCUUGUCCGCCUUGGAUCGACAUUAUCCGCCUUUCCACCUCACCCUCGACUUCGGACCCAACAUCAUGUCUCACGCCGCCAAGGGUCUAUCAGUUCUAUCCCUGGUGGCUGCUAUCUUAUCGCAAGAACACCAAGUCAACUCGAGACACUCGCAUUCGACCUGACCCCAGCCCCAUAAUACUUGCAGACGGUGCCCUCAAAUCUGAAUCGGCCCCUCAUUCUUAUACAAUGCUUACGCCGCAUCGAGCGAUAUGUCGCGUCUGCUCCUUUAUUUUAUUUCACACUGGGUUCCUAGAGGGAUGCCUUAAGUUUGUCUCCCCGCUAGACAUCAAUCACCAUCUUAUACCCCGGGCU